GCCGUCUCAUUCUUGGAAGAGCUCAGUCAAUCUCAUCAGUUCGAGGUGUUAGGUGGUCGGUUUCAACGUACCGCCGAGAUGGUGGUCCGAUCCCUAGCACUGUUCCUUGUCCUUAUCUUCGCCUUCUUGCCAUCGGCCAAGGCUGAGGGAGGAGUAGGUGAACCUUGUCAACAAGACUCUGACUGCCUAGGGACUUUAGUAUGCAAUGGUGCUACUAAUAAGUGUUACGCUGUAGAGGAAGUCUUAGUCCCAGAACCAGAAAUACCACCAGAACCAGAACAAGGACCAGGACCAGGACCAGAACCAGCACCACCCCCAGGUCCAGAACCAGUGCCACCACCAGGUCCGGAACCAGCACCACCACCAGGUCUGGAACCUGUCCACCACCAGGGCCAGAACCUGUCCCACACCAGGACCAGUGCCACCACCAGGGCCUCUAGGAGUAGGCGAACCUUGUCAACAAGACUCUGACUGCCUAGGGACUUUAGUAUGCAAUGGUGCUACUAAAUAAGUGUUACGCUGUAGAGGAAGUCUUAGUCCCAGAACCAGAAAUACCAACC